AUGUCUCGACCAUCGGCGCAUCCUGAGCGCCCACUCUCUCUCACAGAGGAACUCGAGAAAUUAGAACAAUCUAUCACCUUGACGCUCCAGGAGAUUGACCAAAACUUCAGCCAAGCACACCGGAUUGUCACAACGAGCAUUCUGCCUCUGGUAGAGCAGUAUACCGAGCAUUCCCGUGAUGUCUGGGACGGUGCCAAGUUCUGGAAGCAAUUCUUCGAAGCCAGCGCCAAUGUCUCACUGUCCGGAUAUGAAGAACGGCCGAAUGAAGAUGAUACAGUUCAAGAGCCCACUGCAACGGAGGAGGAGCUUUCUGCCGACAUAACCCAAAGCACCAGCCACGAAGACGAUCAGUCCUACGAUACCCCUACAUCACAGCGCCACCACAUCCCUCACGGCCAUGGAGAUGACCUUGAUCUUACAGGUCUCGCUAUUUCCUCGCAUAGCACUCCACGGGCACCCUCCCAACAGACUGGAGAUGACAUGACCGUAUCUUCUGUCGAGCAUUCCUCAUACGAGGACUUGCGGAGGCAGAUCAACGAAACAGAUGCACCGUUCAACAUGCCCGACUCAUCUACACUCCCAUCAACCCCAGGCCGGCAACCAUUCUUUCCACACGGAGACUCAGCCGAAACCCCCAUGUCUUCCCCCUUCAUCCCGCCCGCAUCAGCCAAGUACCAGUCCGCAUCGCGAGACGAUCGCUAUCAGAAAUCCUCAGACCCCGUGCUGCAUCAGAUGCUUGACAAAACCUACCGUGUUCAAGCUACUCCACUUGGAAAGGGAUACCACAACCCAGACGGAGGCGCCAGCACGCGCUCCAAAUUUGCGGUCACUCCAAAUCAAGCAGCGUCUGGGUCGAGAUAUGCGUUCAAUGACUCGCCGAUGUCUAGCCCUGAACCCGAAGCUCCCCAGAUGCACUCGGAGAUCUUUUCUUCGCCCAUUAAAGGCGUCGAUAUGACCCCUGGAACGAACCGCAAACGACGCACCAGUAGCAACCGUAUGCGAGGCACUCCCAAGCCAGGUUUCAGUGUUUUGACCCCAGCAAAGAAUGCUGGUGGCAAUCGUGCACUGUGGGAUAGUGAUGAUGAUUUAGAUGAGGAUUUCGGCCCUAGUCCUCCUAAGACCAUGCAGUUCCAUAUACCUCAGAGUCGACUGAUGCAAACACCUGCCAAAGAAGCCUCUAAGCGUAUUGUGACGGAUCUGCUGGCUACUGCUGGCGCGGGUGACAUUACGGACGACUUCGACGACGAUCAGAGUCCAAGUGUCAUUCGCCGUAUGGAACGGCUGGAAGAUGAUACAUUUUAA